AUGUCAACAACCGAAGUGGUGCACGGCGGCAGCGGUAGCAGCGAGCACAUCGAGUUGGUAGUCGUCGAGGGUCGCCGACCUAAGUCUCCAGUGCAGGUAGCGAGGGUAGCGCCAGCAGAUCCAAGGAGGAAGGCAGGAGAUGUCGCGAAGCACGCAAGCACAGAGUCAGCAGCGCGCAAUGCGUCUGAGCCUGUCGAAACAACGACUCCACAAAAGCUGUAUAGAGAGACUGUGGUCGGGAGUGUAGCGACAGACCAUGAAGGGAGCACGAACAGGGAUAGAAGCGACGGGAGAACAGAAACACCACUUGAAGAACAAGACAUUGCGGAUGCGCUCACGCCCGAAACGUAUCCGCUUACCGGUCCAAGCCUCAGCGUCGUUGUCGAUGACGGGUCAGUCACACGGACGGCUGCUGAGGCCGCACACGAAGACCCGUUCGAGAGCAUAGAAGCGGCAAUGGUCAUGGUUGCUUUCAUGGGCGGAAUCAUAGCCACCGGUCCACGUACGGUUGCACGCUACGGCAUCUGGCUCCCUUUCCUGACCCUGGGCUUCUUCUGGUCCAAGCCCCGACAGGACCUGGUGGCUGAAUUCUUGUGGGACGUGAUCUUCGUCCUCUUGGCCUCGCGCUUUGGGUUCCUGAUCGUGGUCCCCGUCAUGAUGAGUGUAAUAUGGCAACAUAUACGUCAUGGUGGGCUGAGGAGGAUUGGAGAGCAUAGCCUGUCGCGUUUCAGCAGGGAGUCCACCGAUGAAGUCAAAAUGGUUGUGUUCAAAGUGCAUGCAAGGCGUGCACUUGGAGCGGGAGGGAAGGGGAUGAAGGAGGCAGAGAGAGAGGAAGACAUGAAGAAUAAUCUCCGCUCAAUACACGUCACCGAUGCAGCCCGCAGCUUCUACUUCCAAGGUCCUGCCGUGUUGCUCGAUAUCUCAGAUCCCAGGGGCCCCGCUCCGACCUCCAUGGGCGCACGCUCUCACUGGGUGGGAUCAUCGCACAACGCCUGCGUUACUAUAGUGCGGGCAACCUAG